AUGGGUCGUAGCAGAGGCCAUUUCGCACGCAAACAGCGCGGGGACCGCCGCAAACCUCCCGAUAUCGCCUUGAACGGCAGCCAAGAAGAUAUUCUGGGGUCAAUACCUGCAGACCCUCCACCGCCUUCCAUCGAAAUCCCGCAAGAUACUCCUCGAUUCGCAGACCUUCGCGACAAGAAUCUCCUAAACCCUACCAUCAUCGACACUCUAACCAAUGAUCUCGCCUUUGACCACAUGAUGCCAGUGCAGGCUGCCACAUUGGAAUACCUGCUUCAAGGGAAAGACUGUUUGGCGCAGGCAAAGACAGGGACAGGCAAAACUUUGGCCUUUCUCCUUCCUGCCGUGGACACCAUCCUGCGGAAUCGCAGUCCACGAUUGUCCGCACUGGUCCUCUGCCCGACAAGAGAGCUUGCACUACAGAUUGCAACCGAGGCCAAGAAAGUGCUUCAACGACUCCCACAGUAUCGGGUAGCCACUUCAAUAGGAGGGACAAACAAGGUUGCCGAAGAAAGGACUAUCCUCGGUGGGUGUGAUAUUCUAAUUGCUACCCCUGGCAGACUUUUAGAUCAUCUCGGUGAAGAGGAGGUCCAACGCAUGCUGGGCUCACUCCAGACGCUUGUACUCGAUGAGGCGGACAGAAUGUUAGAUAUGGGGUUUUUACCAGAUAUCAAGAGGAUCUUGAACUACCUGCCGAAACAACUGCCUAGGCAGUCCAUGCUGUUUUCCGCCACAAUUGACGAUCAAGUGCAGAAAGUUGCGCAUCUCUUCUUGAACAAGGACUACGAGUUCAUCUCGACAAUCCCAGAGGGUGAAGCAGCCACUCAUGAACGUGUUGACCAAUAUGUUGUCAUGACACCAAGCAUGAGCGACCUCGCGCCUGCCACGGUCGCCGUGGUUGAAGCAGAGCUCGCUUCAGCAGAUGCAUUCAAGGCCAUUGUAUUUGCUCCCACCGCAGCUCAUGCUGACUUCUACGGCCACAUUCUGGCAUCAACUGGUACGCUUCCAAGCGUCUCGGUCCUGCAUUCUCGGAUGACGCAGAGCAAGCGGACCCGAACCACAGACGAGUUUCGAAAAGCUAGAAACGGAAUCUGCGUCGCCACAGAUGUCAUCGCUCGGGGUAUGGAUUUUCCAGGCGUCUCCCAUGUCUUUCAGGUCGGUCUGCCAGCAGACAGGGAGUCGUACAUCCAUCGGCUCGGACGGACGGCUCGCGCAGGUGCCGAAGGCCGCGGCAUCCUGGUCCUGAGUGAGCUCGAGAAAGGCUUCUUGCGUCAACUGAAGAAUAUCAAGGUGCAAGAAUACCCCUCGCCGCUUACGUACAGUAUCGAGGACAUCGAACCCGCUUUGGCCGCCAUGGAGAACAAGGCAAAAGUGUAUCAAGCAUGGCUGGGCUACUACAAGACGUUCAUGAAGCAAUUGCGAGUGUCGACUGCUGAACUGGUCAACGAGGCGAACCAGUUCGCGCUCCGAGGCCUAGAUUGUGCUGAGGUGCCCGCGCUGGAAAAGUCCACCAUAGGUAAAAUGGGGCUCAAGGGAGUCGCCGGUUUGCGCGUGGUGCCGAAUGCGCCUGGCUCGAAUAACCCUCAUCGACGAGGUGGCGGGGAAGGGCGCUCCUCAGGGCGAGGUGCAAAGAGGGGCCGGUGA